UUGUGAAAUUGAGUUACAUUGUUACUUUCAGCUCUUAAUUUUAUUCAAAAUUUAAUAGUUUCUUGAGUUGUCAUUACACGGUAACUCAAAAUCAAUUUUGUGAGUGUUUGCUUUGAACUAAUAUUGCAACUAAUAUUCUUCGAAGAAGCCUUUGUAAACUGUUUUCAAUUUUAGUGAAUCUAAAUAUCUAAUGGACUCACCUCAAUAAGAUUGGAAGACAGAUUGAAGAGCUUCAAUUGGUCGAAGGCUUUGGCGGCCACAGUUGGAAAUUCGCUGAGAAAAUUUGCUGACAAGUCAAGUUCUUCAACGUGUUGGGCACCUGUUGAAAUAAAAAGUGAUCAUGACUGUAAUCUCCCGCCUACAGAAAUACCUGUUAACCGGCCUCAGCAUCUGUGGCGGCGCUGUUAUAACGCACUACGGCCUUAACCAAAACCAAGACCACAGAGCCUACACGGCCUGGACCACCAACUACGUCCCCGAAGUAAAGUGGGACCACAACUGGGACAAACGGGAGCCUGAGUCCCUCGUCAAACCACCGAAAAACGGGAAACCGGUCGACGAGAAUGCCUACAACGAAAUGAUCGAGCAGAAAAAGUCCAAGGCCGUGCGACAUUUGAUUCUGAUCAGGCAUGGUCAGUAUAAUUUGUCGGGGAAGGUUGACAAGGAAAGGGUGCUCACGGAGCUGGGACGCAAUCAGGCCACGGAGACUGGGAAACGUCUGAAGCUGUUGGAUUUUCCAUAUACCAGGAUUAUUAGGUCGACGCUGACGAGGGCCCAGGAGACCGGGGCGUUGAUAGCAAAGGAACUACCAGGGGUGGAGGUCACUGAUGACAGUCUACUGGAGGAGGGGUCCCCCAUACCUGUCGAGCCUCCAGUCGGCCACUGGAAACCGGAGGCAUCCUAUACCUUCCAGGACGGCCCCCGUAUCGAAGCCGCCUUCCGCAAGUACUUCCACCGAGCCCGUCCCGACCAGACCGAGGACAGCUAUGACGUCAUCGUGUGUCAUGGCAACGUGAUCCGCUACUUUGUGUGUCGCGCGCUACAAUUCCCGGCCGACGCAUGGCUCCGCUUCUCCAUCUUCCAUGGCAGCAUCACUUGUAUCAGCAUAGGUGCUAGUGGACGCGUCGUGCUCAGGACAUACAGUGAUGCCGGUCAUAUGCCGCCUGCCUACCUCACCACUAGCUAG